AUGGAGAAGAGGCUGGCCAGUAUGGAAAAGAAGGUCCAGCAGCUUUGGCAGGCACAAGGCCCAGUCACUUCGAGCGCUAUUGACAGCCACCCAGCAGACGGUGUGGCCCAGGAGCACCAAUCCGAUACGAUAUCCGAACUUAGAGAGAUAGAUUCCUCAGAGAGUGCUGUGGAUGGAAUGGGCACAAUGAAUUUCACCGAUGAAGAAGAGUCCGGCUUUUUCGCGAAAGCAAAAUCAAACGGCGUGGUCCGAGCUGCGACACCGCCAUCGAUGCAGAAGCGUGGUGGUAUGAUAAGCCCUGUUCAAUCACAAGCCCCAGUCGUCAGCCGUGAACCGAUCGCCGAGGACUCUAUCACACCCAGACAUGUGAAUAUCUAUGCUCUGCCACCAGAAGAUCGCACCCGAACAUUGAUCGAACAAUACUUCGAAAAGACUGGCCAGCUACUCCCUUUCAUCCAUGAAAUGUCUUUUUAUGAGACGUAUCUCCAGAUGCGGCUCAAAGGUUUCAGUAAAAUACGACGAAACUGGCUCGGAUUACUAAAUAUAAUCCUUGCUAUAUCCACAAGCCUGUCAAUGAAAGAUGAACUUACACCGGAAGAACGUAUUCAAGAAUCGGACAUAUAUUACCAAAGAGCCAACAGCCUCUGUGACAGAGAUUCGAAGCGUCAUGCAAGUCUUGAGAUGGAGAGCAGUGGCUCGUCUCAGCUGGAUGGUGCUUUCUAUACAGCCGCAAUCAAGUUGUAUGUCAUAUUGUAUCGCGUUUUAGAUUCCUGUUAUGGAAAAAAUCUUGGCCUUCAAAAUUCACUGAGCACUGCAGAUUCAAUGUCGCAUAUCCUUGAUGAACAGCGUCAGCUCAACGAAUGGCGUACCCAACUCGUGCCAUCUCUAGGGUUGCACAUUCAUGAGCGCUUGAUGACUCCUGAAGAUGUGAAACAUAUGGACCCGCACUUUAUGAUACGCUACCGGUUUGACAUUGUCCUUUCUAUACGCUACCAUAACCUGCGAAUACUCCUGCAUCGUCGUCGUCUUGAAAGCCUCCUGGAAACCCUUUGGCUUCCUAGUGACAUGCCUACCGAGGAUAAAAGGAUCUUCAUGCCCAUGGAUCUUGCAAGCGUACAUAGUUGUCUUGAAUCCGCCAGUUCCAUUAUUGCCAUCGUCCAUAGCUUCACGACAUCUAAAGUUCGACAUCACGAGUUUCUGGGCGCGUGGAACUAUACAUUAUACUACACAUUCAAUGCCGCAUUGGUAAUAGUUGGCUGCAUGGUAGUAGCUUGGAAAGACCGAGAUGACAGUCCUUCAACAUGGGACACGGUGGACAAGUCCAGGGGUUAUAUUGAGAAAGCAAUUUUAGCGCUUCGCCGACUUGAUUCCGGGAAUCGAGUAAUAGCACGAUGCGUUGAAUACCUUUCGCAGCUUGUCCUCAUCUUGGAUACUUUGACUUCGGAUCGAUGGCAUUCAAGCAACACAGCGGCUUCCAGUAUGCUCUCAGAAUACUUCGACGACCUUUUCACAUCCGAAUACACCGACUCAUUACCUCUUGCGCAUCCAGGGGAUUUCGUUAUUGAUUCGGAUCUGGAAUUUCUUAGAAACGUUUUCAAUCCAGACGCGGAAUGA